CGGCCGCUGGUGCUGGUGGCCACCGCCGCUGCGGGAACCUGAGCCGGAGCCGCCACCUCUGCCGCCGCGCGUCGUUGCUUCGUAAGGCGGCGGGAUGCUGGGGAAAGGGGGAGUCGGAAGUGGCGGCGGCACUAAGGCGCCCAAGCCUUCCUUCGUGUCGUACGUACGUCCUGAGGAAAUCCACACAAAUGAAAAGGAAGUAACAGAGAAGGAAGUCACUCUUCACUUGUUGCCAGGUGAACAACUGCUCUGUGAAGCCAGCACAGUCCUGAAGUAUGUGCAGGAAGAUUCCUGUCAGCGCGGCGUCUAUGGGAGGCUCGUCUGCACGGACUUCAAGAUUUCCUUCUUGGGGGAUGAAGACUCGGCCUUGGAUAAUGGUGGGGAAACUCAGUUUAAGAAUAAGAUCAUAGGAGUAAAUGAUGUUCCACUGCACUGUGUGGAUCAGAUUUAUGGAGUGUUUGAUGAGAAAAAAAAACCUCUGAGUGGACAACUGAAGAAGUACCCCGAGAAGCUUGUUAUCCACUGCAAAGACCUGCGGGUGCUCCACUUCUGUCUGAGGUACACAAAGGAGGAGGAAGUCAAAAGGAUCGUCAGUGGCAUAAUCCAUCAUACCCAGAGUACCAAACUGCUGAAAAGACUGUUUCUGUUUUCCUAUGCAGCUGCUGUGCACGACACAGCCGCCGACCCCAGGAACUGUACUGUAAUGUUUGACACACCGAAGGACUGGUGUUGGGAGCUGGAGCGGACCAAGGGGAGUGUGAAGUACAAAACAGUGAGUGUGAAUGAAGGCUACCGAGUCUGUGACAGGUUGCCAGCAUACUUUGUUGUCCCCACUCCCCUUCCUGAAGACGAUGUGAAGCGUUUUCAGGGCCAUGGCAUACCAAUCUGGUGUUGGUCUUGUCACAAUGGAAGUGCUCUUUUGAAAAUGUCAGCACUGCCCAAAGAACAGGAUGAUGGUGCUUUGCAAAUUCAGAAGAACUUCUUACAUGGAAUUUACAAGACUAUCCAAAGGCCACCCUACGAAAUGGUUAAAACUGAAGACUUAUCAAGCAACUUCCUGUCUCUGCAGGAGAUCCAGAGUGCAUACUGUAAAUUUAAGCAGCUGUUUUUGAUAGAUAACAGUUCGGAAUUCUGGGACACAGAUAUAAAAUGGUUUUCUCUCUUAGAAAGCAGCAGCUGGCUUGAUAUAAUCAGACGCUGCCUGAAGAAAGCAAUAGAGAUUACAGAAUGCCUGGAAGCGCAGAACAUGAACGUCCUCCUCCUGGAAGAGAACGCUUCUGACCUCUGCUGCCUCCUCUCCUCUCUGGUGCAAGUAAUGAUGGAUGCCCACUGUCGAACCAGGACUGGGUUUCAGAGCCUCAUCCAAAAGGAGUGGAUCAUGGGUGGCCACUCAUUCCUGGACCGCUGUAACCAUCUCCACCAGAGUGACAAAGAGGAGGUCCCUGUGUUCCUGCUUUUCUUGGACUGUGUCUGGCAGCUGGUGCAGCAGUAUCCCCCGGCAUUUGAGUUCACAGAGACAUACCUGACUGUUCUGUCAGAUAGCCUGUAUAUACCUAUUUUUAGCACCUUCUUCUUCAAUUCACCUCAUCAAAAAGAUACUAACAUGGGUAGGGAAAGCCUGGAUGCACAAAGCAAGCCUUUGACUCUGCUCACCGUGUGGGAUUGGUCAGUACAGUUUGAACCCAAAGCACAGACAUUGCUCAGAAACCCUCUCUAUGUGGAAAAGCCCAAACUGGACAAAGGCCAGCGGAAAGGAUCACGUUUCAAACAUCAACGACAACUUUCUUUGCCACUUACCCAGUCUAAGUCAUCUCCCAAAAGAGGAUUUUUCAGGGAAGAAACAGAUCAUUUAAUCAAAAACCUUCUAGGCAAGAGAAUUAGUAAACUUAUUAACUCUUCCGAUGACCUCCAGGACAACUCUCGAGAGUUCUAUGACAACUGGCACAGUAAGCCCACAGACUACCACGGCUUGCUGCUGCCUCACAUCGAGGGGCCAGAGAUCAAGGUGUGGGCUCAGCGCUAUUUACGCUGGAUUCCAGAAGCCCAAAUCCUGGGUGGUGGCAGAGUGGCCACUAUGGGCAAACUCUUGGAGAUGAUGGAGGAAGUGCAGAGCCUACAGGAGAGGAUAGAGGCAAGGCACCACAGGCAGGAGCCCGUCCACGCCCAGGCACCCAGCCUGCUCAGGAACUCUGCCCGCCUGUCCUCCUUGUUCCCCUUUGCGCUGCUCCAGCGACACUCGGCCAAGCCUGUCUUACCCACCAGUGGCUGGAAAGCUUUAGGAGGUGAAGAUGACCUGGCCAAACGAGAAGACGAGUUUGUGGACCUAGGGGACGUAUGACCUGUCUCCUCAGGGACUGUGAAAGAGGCACACUGUGCGGUGGGACAAGCCCAGUGCUGUGGAGGAGAGAGCAGAGGCUUUCGGGAAGAGCUUAUUCUCCUUUCUCCACAGUUCUGGAAGACAGCACAAUGAAAGCCAUGCCUCUGGUAUGCAUAGGAGGGAGUUCCUACUUGACCUGUCAUAGGAUUCGGGUCGUUUCCUGACAUCUGUAUUAUAUGUACACAAAAUGGCUCCUGGCCAGGCUGCGGUGAGCUUCCUUCUGUUUCUUCUGUGCCAAGAUAAUUAGGUAGCUACUUCGAACAAGAGCAAGGGCAGCCCUCUUUGGGUCUCUAAGUGGAGAGACAGUGGUAUUAAGAAAUGUGCUUUGACUUAAACCAUAUUCCUUGACUUUAACCAUACACACACACACACACACACACACACACACACAGCACAUAGAAAAGUUGGACAGUUCUGCUGGUGUCAUCCAUCCUAACACUCAGUCCCUCCUUCCUGUAACAAGGCACAGGGUAUGGCAGGGCAGCCACCUUCCCUUUUCCUUUGCUGUCAUUCCCACCUUUCCUGUCCCGUGCAUUCUGUGAGUCCACCUGGGUGCACAUCGUCCCAGGGUCCUGCUGCUGUGACCUGUUGAGUAAGCUGAGGGCAGUCCUCUGUCUUCCACAGGGGGCUCACUCCUUGGAGCCCUCGGUUUGGACCACACACACUUGGGCCAUCCACUGGUCCCUUGCCUUCCCCAUUACCCUCACAGCUGCUGGGGCACGCAGGUCAAUUUGAAUGUGGCUUUCACAGGAAAGCAGUCGUGUCAGAGCAAUUAUCACAGGAUGCCUCAGUGAUUUAAAAAGCCAUAGAAAAAACUCAGCUCUGCCUAGUCAACUUGGAUCUGCUGUUUUAAAGUUAUAUAUUUUUUUAAUGUUUGAAAGCAUACUUUAUAAGGCUCAGUCCUAUCAUCAUUCUCAACAGAGCCCUGUCCAGUCCCACAAAAGGCGUGGUGAGUGGGAGUCGGGGAGGGGCCUCGUUGAGACUGCCUCAAGUGUUGGCCUUUUAUCUAUAUUUGCUGGUCAGGAGAGGUCCUGUUGAGGACAUCUCUGUUUCUCAUGGGCAAUAAGGCAUUUUGAACCUUCAGAAUCCUUUCUGAUUGCACUGAAUCAUCUUUGAUACAUAAUGAUCCUUUUCCUCAUCUCCCUCCGUAAUAACGCACAGUCCUGGUUAGUGUGUCUGUGUCUUCGCGCGGUGUGUUGAGGGGAGGUCAGGAUGUGUGUCUGGGGCCAAAUGCACUCAGUCUCGGUUGCCUUAAGAGUCUUUGAGGCCAGGUCCGUGCUAGGCUUGCACUAGGAAUUGAGGACACGCCGGGUCCUUAGCUCCCUUCCCUUGCAUUCCGCGGGCUCUCCGCACUGGCACUGACCACUGCGUCCUCAGCCUCUGCUUCCCAAGUCCUCAGCGGAGAGAACUAUUUUUGUUACCUUAUUAUAACGUGAGUAUUUAUAUGGGAGCCUCUACAGUCUUAGUGAUUUUCUUUCCAAAACAUACCUCUUGUGAUGUUUUAUACUUCACAAAGUAUGGUUUAAAGGCACAAGGUCAUGACCCUUGUUAUAGCAGUUGAAUGUGCAUUGAAAUAUUUUUCUAUGUAUUUUUAAAAAUCACAAUAGAAAAAGUAAACAAGCUGUUGCAGCCUGUGCAGUUAUGACAACUUAUGUAUUUAUAUUUGAAGCAAGAUUUCUAUAACUUGUAUUUGUGUACAGAACUUCCCGUGGGUUUAUAUAUUGUGUAUUUUUAUUCAAGACUGAGAUGUGGAUUAUGCUUAACAUUAAAGAUAAAAUAAGACCAUUUGUUGAAAACACACUGUGCAAGUUUGGAAGUGUCUGUUAAUAAUUUACUGUAUAUAAUACUUGCAUUUGUUUAUACCUCCAAGUUUUUACACUGAAGAUAAACUAGCUUUAAUUAAAUUUUUAAAAUGUAAGGAAAUAAGCUGUUUGACUGAGUCAGUUUAAAUGUGCAGUUUAUUUUCUGGGUGUUAAUGAAAGUUUAUACCUGUCUCACUGCAUGAUAGCUGACUGAAGAGAUUAAAGCACAACUUUGAAGCAG